AUUCUUGAACAAAGAAUGGCUCUAGUAAAUGGUUCUUCAGUAACUGAAUUCAUUCUCUUGGGGUUAACAGACCAGCCUGAUCUUCAAAUGCCCCUGUUCUUAAUUUUUCUAAUAACAUAUAUGAUAACUGCAUUUGGGAAUUUCGCUUUGAUAAUUUUAAUUGUGUUAAAUCCUCACCUUCACAAACCCAUGUACUUUUUCCUCUUUAACUUGUCCUUCAUAGAUCUCUGUUAUUCAUCUUUGAUCACACCCAAAAUGCUAAUGAACUUUACACUAGAGAAGAACAUUAUCUCUUACAUGGGAUGCAUGACCCAAUUCUACUUCUUUGGUUUUUUUGCCAUUUCUGAAUGUUAUGUGCUGACAGCAAUGGCCUAUGAUCGCUAUGUGGCUAUUUGCAAUCCACUCUUGUAUAGUGCUGUCAUGUCUCCAAAGACAUGUUCCUAUCUAAUGCUUGGUUCAUACUUCAUGGGACUUUCUGGUGCGAUGAUCCAUACUGGUUGUGUCCUGAGACUAACCUUCUGUGAUGCAAACACCAUCAAUCACUAUUUCUGUGAUCUUCUCCCUUUACUGCAGCUGUCCUGUACCAGUACUUAUGUCAAUGAGAUAGAGCUAUUCAUUGUGACAGGAAAAGACAUCAUUGUGCCCACAGUCAUCAUCUUUACCUCUUAUGGCUUCAUCCUCUCCUCCAUCCUCAAAAUAAGAUCCACUGAAGGCAGGUCUAAAGCCUUCAGCACUUGCAGUUCCCAUAUAAUUGCUGUUUCUAUGUUCUUUGGAUCAAGUGCAUUUAUGUAUCUCAAACCUUCUUCAGCUGUAUCUAUGGGUGAGGCAAAGUUCUCUUCCAUAUUUUACAGCAUCGUGGUUCCUAUGAUGAACCCUUUAAUCUACAGCUUGAGGAACAAAGAUGUCAAAGUUGCCUUGAAAAAAACCCUAAACAGAAUGUUUAGUCACAAUCUACUGUUUUUUUAA